AUGCCGAACACCUCCGCGAGUUCCGCUCAACCACAGUCCGUAGUCGCUGGUCUGAGUAUCAGUACUUUACGACGCAAACGCGGCCAUAUCAUCGGGCAAAUUUCAUCUUUGACUACGUUCUUGGAUUAUUUUGAAGACACACACUCCGAAGAUACGUACCUAUUAGAAAUGCACAUCAACGGAUUAAAUGAAGUCUGGAAAAAAUUCGAUGAUUUGCAAUUUAGUAUUGAAGAGCUCGACGAAUCUGAAGAAACGCGUCGGUUUGAAAUUCAGAAUAAUUAUUACGCUGUGAUAGCACGGGCUAAGCGAAUUUUAAAUAAUACUCAACCAUCAGUUCCUACCACGGUUCGGGUUAAUCCGUCACCGGCAUCAACGGUACCGGCACCGAUGACUAUUAAAUUACCUGAAAUGAGGCUACCAACGUUCGACGGAACAAUCGAAAACUGGUCAUCUUUUUACGACCUAUUUACGGCCAUGAUCGAUCGUAACGAGGAUUUGACCCCGGUUCAAAAAUUACAGUACCUGCGGUCAACUUUAAGCGGUAAGGCCGCGGGUUGUAUUGAAGCUUUGGCCACGACUGACGCGAAUUACACGGAUGCUAUCGAUAUUUUAAAAGAGAAAUUUGAUUGCCCACGCCGUAUAAUUCUUAGUCAUUGCGAUACGUUACGGAAUAUCCCAAAAUUGCUGAAAGAUACUCCAGAAGCAUUAGCUAAUUUGGUGGACACCGUAAAUCAACAUCUCCGGGCACUUAAAAAUUUGGGCGAAAAUGUCGCAUCAUGGAACAGCAUUUUGCUCUCCAUAAUCAUUUCCAAACUAAACGCGGAUACAGUGUGGCAUUGGGAAUUAACGCUUAAAGAUAAAAGACGAAUGCCAGCUUACACUGAAUUAUUACAAUUCAUAGAAAGACGAGCAAAUUGCACAAUUCCUUCUUCCUCAAAAUCUGUAACUUCAACUGGACAGCAAGAAAUGCGACUUUAUGGCCAUAACAAAUCUGUUAAUAAACAUCGAUCAUCGCGAGGACAAGUUUUCGUAACAACGAAACAACACAAGAAUCAUCCUUAUGAACGAGUGUCGACGACCCGGGCUCAAUAUAUAGAUUUUCAAUGUCCAUUAUGUAAAAAGGAUCACUGGAUCGGAAACUGUCGAAAAUUUAAUGAACUAUCUGUUGUCGAUAGAAAAGCUAUCGUUAUAAAAGCUGGACUCUGUUUCAAAUGUUUGCGAAGAGGACAUGGAUCUACUUCAUGUAAUAAAGGUGCUUGCCGAAUAUGUCAGAAAAAUCACCAUACACUUUUACACUAUAGAUCACCUUUGACGAGUUCAUCAACUUCGGCAUUAGCAACUUCUCGUCAACCGAUGGAUAAUCAAGAAACAAUUUGA